AUGAUUAUCUGUGUGAGGUAUGUAUCUAGUACUCUACCUCUGCCAAAGAACAUCUCUGGCCAGUACCGUACCCCGCGACUGGUUACCCCGAGACUUCCCCAGACUAAAGAACUUUCUCUAGUACGCCACAAGCGUUUUACUACCCAGGGUUUAUCCUCCAUCUCCCGCGCUAUACUAUCCGAGAUCAACUUUGGCCUUGGGAAAACCCCCUCCCCUCAAGCAUUGCCAGCUCAUAGGGCCAUUACCAAAUCCGGUUUGUCGUUUGUUGAGGGAUUAUGGGAUAAGUUGUCAGGGGACAGAAUAGCAAUCAAGAAGAAGGGACCAAAGAAGAACAAAGGCCGGUCCAUGUCUUUGGGAUAG